AUGGCUACGUCCAGUAACAGGACAUCUCUAUCUUCUUCGAGGGAUGUUGAGUUACAGGUUUCUGAAUACCAAGAGGAUGAAUACCAAGCGCAUUGGUCAUUUACAAGCAUAAAUAAAACCGUUCUCUCGCUCCCUGACGACUCCUUAUGGAACUCUAUGAUAUGCGUUUUAAUCGUACUGUCUAUUAUCACCGCGGCAUUGGACUAUAAACACACUGCGAUAUAUAUUUUCGAUGUUAUAUACAACAUUAUAUACGCCACUCAUGUAGUGAUCCUGGCGUAUAGUUUUAUAGUCAACUCAGAAGCAGAUGUGUGGUUCGUAAUUGAUGUUCUAACAUUCGCUCAUUACAUUCAAAACGGCGAAAUGUUUACGGAGAUAAAGUUAUUUUGUUAUUACAUACGGUUGCAUCGACCCUUUCGUUAUUUAUGGUCACUGAACGAUAACAACCUCCAUGGCAGCGUGCUCAGCACCACACUGAAAUACUACUAUAUUGUCUUUGUUUGCCGUCUCACUUGGGCACUGAUAAUAAGUAUGAUAAUGACUUACAAGGACGAUGAUAAUAUGAAGGCAUUGCAACAAGCAAUAUCUGAAAUGCAACAAAACUUUCGAGGGCAGAAAGAUUCUCAAAACAAUUUGAGCAAGUGGCUUUUUAUCGUAUAUGUGGUCAAUAAAAUGUUUAUACCGAUUGGGCCGUCAGUGAAUCCGAAUGAUGAUAUAUCUCGCAUCAUGUGUCUUACAACCAUGAUGACCGGCUGUCUGGUGGUGACCGGUGCGGCUGUAGCCUCCCUGUCUCUCGUCAUCAGCAUAUACAUGAGACCAGAGGAGACUUUUCGGACUAGAUAUCGUUUGAUUAUGAAAGAUAUGCAAGUAUCGAAUAUACCUGCAAACCUGCGUGACAAAGUGGAGAAGUUCUACAAGAUGUACUGGCACAAGCAGCGGGCGGUGUCCGUUACUAAACUUUUACCAAUGUUUCCGCCUUCCUUUGCCGCUACCAUCUAUGCUGAUAUAUACUUUAAAGCUACCCAGAAAUCUCGAGUUCUACGGGACCUGUCCUAUCAGUUUCUAUCGGAACUGUCUAAAAAGAUGAAAACGAUACAUUACAUACCGGGGGACGCGAUUAUCAAGAGGAAUAUUAAAAAAUCCGCAACUAUUUACAUCACCUAUGGAGACGUGGAGAUGCUAACAGCCGAAGACGACAGUACGGCUAUAUUACGAUUUAUACGAGGCACCAUUCUAUCUCCUUACGCGGUCAGUCCCGUAGCGGCCAGUGGACGAGCUCACGUGGAGAUCAGAGCAGCUACGUUCUGUACCGCUCACGUUUUAACUACCACCGACUUCUGGAAGGUUGCUGUCAAAUAUGGAAAGGGAAAUAGUCAGGGAGCCGUUGUUUUGAAGGCAUUUAAUGCGCAUCUCGAAAAAGUCAAGAGACAUUACUAUUCUAGACCGUCUGAUGAUGCCAAAUAUAAAAGCAGUAUUCUACAAUUCAAGCACAAUUUGAUGCACCUCAAAGAUUCUAAAGAUGCUUCUGGAAAUCGUCAGCUGUCCAAAACUGAUUUCAUGAUUGAUAUUGCUGGAUGUUAUAUCAUGCGAAACCGAGCGGAUUCUACUCUGACUGAUGAAUCAGACGCGAUUUGUCUCCGCCCAACAUUUCCUUGUAUUUUGCAACCGAAGUCAUCUCUACAGAACAUCUGGAACGCGUUCAUCACCUGCCUCAUCAUUGCUGUGUGUAUUACUCACCCAUAUUACUUGGUGUACAAGAAACGCGUACCGCUGGAGUUUAGAUUUUUUGACUAUACAGUUACCGUUAUAUAUAUUUUGGAUCUGAUAGUACAUCUAUCUACAGGAGCUAAUGUGGAAGACGGGGUCCCCAUAACUCUCUCCCAGACAUCAUCCCAACAAUCACGCAGCAAGUGGUUCGUGCUGGACGUCAUCGGAACUCUGCCUAUCUUCGAGUUCAUUCACGACGGCCAUUUUGCCGGACUCAAUAAACUGCUGCGGUUUCCAAAGGUGUUUCGAGUGCUUAAGUCGUUAGAAGAAGACUGCGUGUACCACAGCAACAUUCUGAGAUUCAUCUCGUGUUCUCUGCUAAUUCUUCUUGCCUGUUACCUUUUGGCUGCACUGCAACAAGGAAUUAUGUGCUUUGAUUUUGGGUUUUGUUUGGUGACAAAUUUCACACAUGCACCGUACUGGGAUAAGAAACCACUUGACGAGGAAACCAUUGAAGACAGAAUUACCUUCGGACUGUACUGGGCGAUAUCGAUAAUCACCUUUACGUCUCACAUGGAAACUUGGCUGAGAGAUGUUUGGAGCAAGUCGUUCAAAAUUUUUAUUUACAUCAUGUUCAUCCUGGAAAUUUGUCUCCUCUUGUACAUUUUCAUCGAAGCUGUUUAUUCUGCAACCAUUAUGGUCACGACAGCACUGAGAGAAGAUUAUGACGCAUUUAUAGAAAACGUAACAAACUUUUUGGAGAGAAACGACAUAGACGCAGUCCUUAGACAGCGGUUCAUAGAGUACUUGAGGUUGCGCUGGUAUACGGAUAAGGCUUAUUCGAUAACGAGUGACCAAAAAACUAUUUUCUACGAUCUACCACCUCACGUGUAUCAGGACAUAGUGGCCAGACAGAGGAGCAAGUACAUACUAGGAAUACCAUUUAUGAAGUAUCUGAAUAAGGAAGAUUUGAAAAAUAUAUCUUCGGAAGCCAAGUUUUUCUGCACAUCACCCAACGAGAUUCUGCUAAAUACGGGCGACAUGAUUAACGAGAUGUAUGUGAUUAAACGAGGUUUUUGUGAGAUUUUAAGUCCCGAUACGAAAAGUGUUGUUGGAGAACUUGGUGUAAGAAGUCACUUUGGAGUUUUUGAAUGUCUUUUUAGAUUACCCGCUUUUUAUACAAUACGAGCGGCGACACAUGUCGAAGUAUUUUCGAUAUCAAGGAAGCACUUACUGAAUGCGAUUGAAAUACCACAGAUAAAGGAAGCCAUACGGUACACUAAGGAACAGCCUAAAUAUCCGCUGGUUCAAGUUCGCCGCGAGCCGUUCACAAGCUACACUCCUCCGGAACCAGCUCCCAACGUUGAGAGAUUUCGUGUGCCGAGGAAGUUUGAGCACGAUAAUGCCUUUCUGCAACCUUUUUAUAGAUUGGGAUUACUCUCAUUUUUGAGAUACAUCUUCCCCCGCUUCACGCUGCGCCCGGACGGCCGCCACGUGGCGCGGCUCGAGUGGCUGCGCGGCUGCUGCGCGCUGCUGUCGGCGACGCUGUUCCCCGGGUACGCGUACCUCGCGCUGCAGUGCCCCUGGCUCUACUACGUCACCGCCUUGCUCGACCUCGCCGCCUAUUUCGACGUAUUACAACGUAUGUUGGUCGGUUACUACAACGAGAAGGGUAGUCUGGUGUAUCACCCAGCAAGUACUGCGGCACAUUAUAUAAAGGGAGCGUUUCUGAUCGACCUUUUUGGCUGCUUGCCGCUGGAACGUCUCGAGUUAUCCUGGAAGGAAUCAUUUCAGAAUACAUACAGAGAGGCGACAACAAAACAAGUUUUGAUGUUAAACAGGCUGAUACAGCUAUACAGGAUGCCGAGCGCGCUGCUAGGACUGAAGGGUCUCAUCCGGCGUGAUAUCUUUCUUGUUAUCAAAGCUAUUCCAUUAUUCUGGGCGCUACUGAACGUAUUGACUUGCUUGAUAGUUUAUCGCUCUGUUAAGAUACUGUACACAGUCGGUAGUGGUACUUGGUUGAUAGAGCCUCACAAUGACGUGGGUGGUUCCUGGAUCGAGCUUUUUAGUUCUAAAUUUCGUUUCAAUCUUACGGAAUCACCCUGGAACCUCCACCUGGGCACUCACUUUUGGAUUAUCUAUGAAACUACUACUACUGGGUACAGCAGCUUCAAGCCUUCCAAUUUGAGUAUAAUGCGAGUGCUUAUCAUUGGAAUGUUUAUGGGUGCACUUAUUAUAACAUACUUCUCAGUACGUAUAAUUAGCAUUCGAGCCAAUGUGAAUAAGGCUUUAGCUGCUUACCAGGAGCACAUCAGAGACAUAUCAGUCUUUAUGAAGAGGGAGAAACUGGAUCAAUCGUUACAAAAGCAAGUAAUGGAUUAUUACGAAUAUAAUUGGGACAAAAUGGGUGGCUUUGAUUAUAGGAACGUAUUGAAAUUAUGUGACCAAAUAACUUUACGUACUGACGCCAUAUUGCACAUAUAUGGACCAACGUUUAGCCAAUGUCCCAUCUUGAACCAGUGUGAUGUAUCUCUACUGCGUACAAUCGGGCGCGCAGUGCGCAGUUUCUAUUUCACGAUGAACACGUCUAUCAUAGACGUUGAUGACGUUAUUUCUGAUAUUUACAUCGUGGUCCAUGGUGUCGUCGACUUAAAGGACCCGAGGGACGAUAUUGUGAUCACACUUACAAAGGGCAGUAUGUUCGGUAAUUUGCAACGAGCGGAAACAAUACGAUGCCCAGUGUCUAUAACAACGAGCACUCAAGUACACUUGCUGCAAAUAAAUUCGCAGGCGUUCUUUAGCAUCAUCGCUGAUUACCCCGGUGUCUUUGAAUUGUUGAAGAUUCAUCGCCCAUCAAAUGAGAAUUAUGUAAUCGGUAUUGUAAGUCUCAGCUACCACAACAUUAAGGAUCGUACGAUGACCAUGUCGAACAUCAUUGUUGAACAAAGGUUUUUCCACUACUUCAACAUCAGACAAUACGUUAUGAAAAUCUAUUUGGUCACUAUUUCACUCGUCUGUGUCUACGCUGAUGUUUAUAACGCCGGCUUUCAAAAUAAUAGCCCCACGUUGAUCCUGGGCCUAUAUUUACUUGAUUUUUGCUUCCUAUGGAAAUUCGUCAUUCAAUAUUUUUUGCCGAAAAUUGUCGAAGUCGACGACAAUGAUGCUUUGAAGACUUAAUAUUACAGAUAUUUCAAAACAGAAUUCAAGUACGACGUGCUCUCAUUCCUACCGAUCGAGGUAUUUUGUUUACUCAGCAAAAGAAACUCCGGCCUGGUAUUUUCUUGGUUGAGAUUGAACAGAUUAUUUAGAACCGUGACCGUGUACAAGUGCUUAAAGCGUCACCACGAGAGGUUAUCCACUAAUUUGACGAUAACCACCACAAUAUCGGUAUUCAUCUGGUUCACGAUCUUUGUCCACGUUUCCUCUUGCCUCUGGUACUUCAUCAGCGCGAUAGAAGAGCAAACUGCUCCCAAGUCCUCGUGGAUUUACAAUGACACUGGUCACCAGUUGUGCGAGAGCUCAUAUAUUUGUUCACUCUACUUUGUCCUGACAACCUUCACGCAAAACGGGGUGGGCGACAUUUUACCAAAGAAACAAUCAGAGGUGAUCUUCGUAUCCAUAUUGCAAAUAAUCUCGACAAUGAUGUACAUGAUCUACGUCGGCGAGCUCUCCAACAUCAUUCAGUACCAAUCUUUUCGUUCGUUCAAUUUCUACUCAAACUAUUUGGAGUUACAGGAGUUUCUUAAAAACAACCGUGUGUCCAAAAACUUGGUGUCACUCGUAAACAAGUACUCAAUGUAUCUAUGGCGAGAGUCCCGAGGUCUGCAAGUGCCACACUUCUUGAAGACGGCUCCAAACUGCUUCAGACUGAAAAUUAUGUCCGCUGCUUACCUGUACCAUCUCACUAAUCAUCAAAUAUUCAAAGGCUGUGAGCCCGCCUUUCUUCGUCAGUUAGUGGGUUGUCUUCAGUUGUAUACAUAUAAUGAAGAUAUGUACGUUGUUAAAGAAGGCGAGAUCAAUGACUCGAUGUAUAUAAUACACACAGGACGCGUGAGAGACAUAAGAAUUAAUUCAAAUAUAUCGAAAACCUAUCACGCGGGGGAAAGCUUUGGAGAGUUGCAAGGUUUGAUCUACAACUCGCCAUAUACGAAAUCAUAUAAAACCUGUACCAAUUCCCGAAUCCUUACAUUGCAUCGAAAAGAUUGGGAAAAUUUACUAAAACACUUCCCAAACAGUAAGAAACAUAUUUAUAAAUAUCUAAAAGAUGAUGGUUUUGACGACGAUGACGAUGAUAAUGGAUCGAAUGGUAAAAAGAAGCAAGUUAAGUUGCUGUCAAAUGAAGAGAAUUCACCAUCAAUUCCCGACAAACCACAACAAUCUGACACACCUCAGAAAGAAAAAAUUGAAGACGUUGCAUCAAGUGCAAAGUUUGAGAGUGAUUUAAGAAAAGGAUAUCCAGAUAUAUUACCACCAAGCACCAGUAGAGAUUAUGACAAUACUGAAUCGAUGGAAAAGUUAGAAGUUUUUCCCUUAGAAGAAACAGCGAUAAUAGAAAGCUCUUCCAGCGAUUCAUAUUUUACAUAUGAUGUUGAAGCCAAACGCGCAACCAGUCAUUUUGAUGUCGAAUCUAUGAACGAUGAAUUAUUAAAAACAACAGUGAAAGAUUUACCCAAAAAUGAUUUAAAGCUUGAGAAUAUAGAUGAUCUUACUGACAGUGAUUAUAUAGGAAACAGUGAUAAAUCACUGACGAGGGACAACAAUAAAACCAGUCGACAUGAUACUAAGAAAUAUAAAAGUUUUGUUGAAAUGGAAAGCGUAGAGGAUUACAUUGCUAAAAAACGUAGCCAGAAUAGAACAUCUUCUUUCGAUGCUAAAUUAGUAGCAAUUAAGGACAUCUUACCUCCGGAUAUAAAGAAAAGGAAACAUCAUGUGGUAAUUAAAGAAAGUGAUUCAGGGAUCCCCCCCGUAGAGAGUCAUGAACUUAAACCAAUAUUAAAUAUGGCUACUGAUAAAAGAAACCUGAAAUCGUUAGACAGUGACAUGGAAACGACAGUUACGGUCGAAGGUCCAAAGUCAUCUAAAGAUUCAUUAUCUGAAGAUAGAAGCGUGGAAUAA